AUUCAUUUUCAGGUAAUACCACCUCAUAAUUCCAAUCAUAUUAUGUUUGUACCAGGUCAUUUACAGUAUAAUGAAACUUAUAUUUGGCAAUUAGUUGAUAUGACUUGUGGCCACGAAAAUAUAGAUGUUAAUCAAGAUCAGGAUAUUUAUUUAAUAAUGAUGCGAUUUGAUGUUUGCAAUAAUGGUCUUAAUAUAUGGCAAGGCCCAACUAUAUUACUAGAGCCAACUGCAGAAGCAACAAUUACCUUAUCUCAAAUUGAAGUUGAUGGUUUAUUACUUGUUGUAAAUCACUCAUCUCAACUUAUGAAUCAAUGUUGUAAAUUUCAAAAAGUAAUGGGUAAUACACUGCAAAUUGAAAAACAACAAACUUCUUGUAAUCAUGCUAUUGCUGAAGCUCUCAAUGCUCUUAAAGUAGAAGCAUUACAUUUAUGUGAAAAAAUUACUGAUAUUAUUCAAGAAGUUGAAAGACAAUUAGAUGUAGCUGUACUAAAAGAACUGGACGAAAAUGAUCGUAAUAAUAUACUAGCUAGUUACAGAGAAGUUCUACAUCAAGGAUUUAAAUUUGGUUUUGAGUUUCAAAAAGGAGUUGCUAGAUUAAUAACUGGAGAAGGGAGAACAAAACUUGGAAAAUUAUUGAUUAAGUUUGCCCAUCAAUGGAUGAAAUUUGUUUCUUCAAAGUGUGAAAGAGGAAGAGGACAUAGGCCUCGUUGGGCUAGUCAAGGUUUGGAAUUUCUAAUAGCUGCUUGUGACCCACAAUAUUUACAAGCACUGACUGAUGAAGAGUUUCAGGAACUAAAGAAAAGCAUGAAUAAUUGUAUAACUCAUUUAAUUGGUUCACCUCUCUCUGGUUCUCGUGUAACCAGUCCAACACAUAUAGCAACACAGCCUAAUUUUACAGUCUGUUGUCAGUAUUCUGUGAAGAGUGAGACACAGUUGCCAUCAUCACCAAUUAGCUGUCCAGAGAAUCUUGGUAGAAGGUAAAUAUUUACAUAUGUUUAUACUAUAGUGUGUAUGAGAAAGAAUGGAUGCUGUACAGUUGAAAUAGUUUUAUUGAGAAAGUAGAAAAACUAGGGCAAUGAAAUUUUCAUCUUAUAAAACAGUAAC